AUGUUACCAAUCGUCAUUUUUGUAUGGAUUGUCACCCUUCCCUACUCGUUCUACCACUCGUCCCCGAACUGGGGCAUACGAAAGAAGGACAUGCCGCCCGUUCAGCUCUACCUGGACCACUUCUACCGCUUACACCCGGACCUUGUAGCUGGUCUUCACUCGAAUAUUGAGCGACUACUACCAAUCACAAAAGACCCUUUUCUGCCCCAGAACACACGCUAUUGGCCAACCGAAUACCACUCCAACACAGGUUCGACAGAAUUCACAGCGCUGUUCCCCAUCCUCGAAGACGCAGGCUGGCCGCGGCGCGUCGUCUGGACUUUUCUACGGGACGAGGUGGAGAAGAAUACGGUGGAUCUAAAGCUAACCGAGGCCCAAAGGGGCGAAUUCGCGAACGUGAUGGAGAAAAUGUGCAGUCAUCAUUUAGCCGGAUAUGCGGAGAAGUUGUUGCACAAGGUCUUCGGUGCGUGGAGGAAUAAACAGGUUCGGAAGAUGGUGUUUAAUCUGGAGCCAUUGACUGAUCUGCACGCGGUGAUCCCUGCGUCGCUGGACUCUCUGGACUGGGUGCUGCGACGUGGAAGUGUGGUCACGCCGAACCCGGCUGAUGUGUGGGAGUCAUACCAUCGGUUAUCUCGCUUGUCAAAGUUUUCAGCUAUAUGGGGGUGGGUCGGUCAGGGGAGGACUCUGGAGGAGGCGAUAGGGACCCAUUGGCAGAUUUUGGAUAUGAGGUUAAAGAUGUCUUGGGACGAGUAA